AUGUCUAUCCACAACUUGUUAGUAGUCAUGUCUAUCCACAACUUGUUAGUAGUCAUGUCUAUCCACAACUUGUUAGUAGUCAUGUCUAUCCACAACUUGUUAGUAGUCAUGUCUAUCCACAACUUGUUAGUAGUCAUGUCUGUCCACAACUUGUUAGUAGUCAUGUCUAUCCACAACUUGUUAGUAGUCAUGUCUAUCCACAACUUGUUAGUAGUCAUGUCUAUCCACAACUUGUUAGUAGUCAUGUCUAUCCACAACUUUCUGUCUUGCUUAUAUUAA